AUGGCCAAGGCCGAGCUCCUCCUCCUCGACGUCGUGUCCACGCUCUCCGUGCUGCCCUUCUCCUCCCUCGCCCUGUACCAGGACUUCUGUAUCGCCGACCUAGCCGCCAGCGCCACGCCGGGCGGGUACCCGUGCACAGUGGCGGAGCACAAGCAGGGGCCGGAGCCCAGUUUUGCCUCUACUAAGCUCCGUCCCUGCCCGUGCAAGCCCGCGAAGGACGUGACCGCCGACGACUUCCACUACGGCGGACUCGGCAGCCCCGGCACGGCGCUGAAACCCUUCAAGAUCUCCCUGGGCUCUGCCAUCGUCACCACGUUCCCCGGCCUGAACGGGCUGGGCAUCUCCGCCGCGCGGAUGGUGAUGGUCCCGGGCGGUGCCACGCCGCUGCACUCCCACCCGGGCGGCACCGAGCUCAUCUACGUCGUCGAGGGCAGCGUCGUCUCCGGCUUCAUCAGCGCCGCGCUCAACAGGGUGUACACCAAGACGCUGUACGCCGGCGACCUGAUGGUGCUCCCGCGGGGACAGCUCCACUUCCAGUACAGCCACGGCAACGCCACGGCGGUGACGCUGUCCUCGUUCAGCAGCGACAACCCCGGCCUGCAGAUCCUCGACUUCGCGCUCUUCGCCAACGACCUGCCCACGGAGGUCGUGAACAAGGUGACCACCCUGGACGAACUGCAGGUCAUCAAGCUCAAGGCGCGGUUCGGCGGGAGGGGCUAG